CUGACAUAUACACCUGGCAUUCAGUUUCGAGAUGCGUAAUGGGAACAUAAUUCUGUAUUUUUUUGUGAAUCUAAGCCAAAGAACUAAGAAAAACCAGGGACGUUUAAAUAUGGGGCAAAAUCAGACCUCUAGUAAUGACGAAAUUGACGUUGCAGACUUGCAGGAAAUGUAUAAGAAGUUUGUGUUAGAAUGUCCAAGCGGUGCCUUGCAUCUCCAUGAAUUUAAACGUUUUUUUGGAAUUUCAGCUAACAAGGAAGAAUCACAAUUUAUAGAACGAAUGUUCAGCUCGUUUGAUAGGAAUGGGGACAACGCCAUUGAUUUUCUGGAAUAUGUGGCUGCCCUAAAUCUGGUUCUCCGUGGGAAACUAGAACAUAAGUUACGAUGGACUUUUAAAAUCUACGACAAAGAUGGCAAUGGCUGUGUGGAUAAGAAGGAGUUGAAAGAAAUCAUAGAGUCCUUUUAUAGUGUAAAGAAAGACUGGAAGAGGGAUUCAGAGGCCCAGUUCCUGAGUCCAGAUGACGUAUGUGAAAGGAUUUUUCAAAGUGUUGAUGAAAACGGAGAUGGACUGCUCUCAUUGCAGGAGUUUGUAGAGGGCGCAAAGAACGACCGAUGGGUUUUAGAAAUGCUGCAACUUAACACGAGUCCUUGCAACUGGGUUAUGGAGCAAAGAAGAAAGAGUGCAUUAUUUUAACAUGGAGACGCUCACUUUGGGCUGCCCAGAACAAUAGAACUCACUUUUAAUGACAAGUCCAGUAAUCAUUGGAAGAAAAGUAUAUUAAUAUACUGUAUUCCUUCCUUAUGUCAAAUAGA